AUGGCAGCGUCAUUUCCUAGGCUGUUGCAUGACGAUGAUUUCCCAUUUCGAAUUGUCUCCCAUUUGAUCCCAGUCCAUUCAUUUCGCGAGUAUCCCGAAGCCAUCAUCGACGACUCCAAAGAUGUCUACUUGGCAGUGAAGCAAUAUAUUCCUUUGCUAAAUCAACAUCAUGAUCGCAAUGGAUCGGAUCCCAUGACUAUCAUAGCAGCAGCUGGGGUAGGCUUUCUCAAAGAGACCUACGAGCCACUAUUUGAAGAUGUGCUUCGUAAAGCAUCCCUCGCCGGAUUGAACAUCCGAUCUAUUUGGAUUGCCGACCAGUUUAAUGUAGGAGAGAGUGCAUUGGCAAAUCAAAAGAAUCUUGGGCAUGAUGGAUCAACCGUUGACCAUUCCCGUGAUCUGUGGGGCAUGGUUAAUCAUUUCCGCCAUGAUAUGCCCAAGCCGAUCAUUGGACUGGCUCACUCGAUGGGAUGCUCUCAGAUGCUAUUGCUCUCUUCUUGGCAUCCAACUCUCUUUCAUUCUUUUGCUUUUACAGAGCCUGGUAUCGAUCCCAAAUAUGGAGACAUGGCGCUGGCUACAUGGGUUUCACGAGUCCUGCAGCAAGAAGAUUUCUGGGAUACCAAAGAAGAAGCGGAAAAAGUGCUCGUCAAAUCUCAAGUGGCUCAGAAAUGGCCGGCGAAAUCUUUGGCAAGGCUGAAGCACUACGGCGUCUACCAGGUCAAGACAAACCCUACGCCGAAAUGGGCAUUAACUACACCAAAAGAUCAGAUAGCAUGCGUGGUUUUACGACAUAUACCGAAUUCCAUUCAAGUCUCCUGUGAUGACUUGGCAGAUCUGACAGCAUCUCAGCGCGAGAUGGUACCCGAUCUUGAUCCAAAAAUUGCCCUACGAGGUUCUUUUUACCGAUCUGAAUUCCAACAUUCGUGGGAUCUGUUGCCUAAAAUGCGACCGUCUGUACUCUACAUAAACGGAGACAGCUCGCCCCACUUCGGAGACCCGUCAACACGAGACCGAAGAGCAGAAAUAACCGGCACUGGGGUAGGUGGAAAUGGCGGUAUGAAACUACGCGCAGUUCAGCAGGUCGUCAUUAAAGGGGCAGGUCAUAAUAUGCCGUUUGAUGAUCACUUUACACAGGUUUCUUCUCAUGUAGCCCAUUGGCUCGCUAAAGAAUCCCAGCGAUGGGCGGAUGGUCCUGGUCAACGUUUACGUGACUGGAGGGCAAAAGAAUUUGGCAAUCAACAGAGAGUGAGUCAAGAUUACACUGAUUCUUUGCCUGGGGAGAUCACAACAAGGAAAAUAAUGGCAAAUCUGUAG